UGUCAAACUUUACGUUUGAGCUUAAAGACCGUACUUAAGUUUUUGUCGUUUUCGUCUAAUAUCUAGAUUGAAUUUCUCAUGAUUUGAGUUCAACCAAUCGCUACUGGCGUAAUUACGAUUUAUCAAUCAUCAAAAACUAAUAAUACCCAACAAAGUUUUUAGAGUUAAUGGAUCCGUGGGGCUGCAAAGUUGUAGGCGAGGCUAAAGUAUCGGCAUUUGAGGAUAAUUUCAAGCCCUCAGAAGUGUUCGAGAAACUGUCAGAUUCCGCAGAAUAUCUCGCUAUUUUAGAAAGAAAACUGAAGGCCGUCAGAUCUAAGAAUAAAGUAGUUGAGAACUUAGCAGCAUACAGAGCUGACUGUCUCAACCGCCUGCUGCGAGAAGGCUGCAACCUCGAUCCUGUCAUCGGAGACACAGAAGACGAGAAACUACUUCAGGAGUAA